UUGUUUUUGUUUCGUUUUUACUUUGAAAAUGUUUUUCUUUUAAUUCCCUUCAAUUUAAUUGACUGAUUUAUUUUAUUUCAAUGGAUCCAAUUAAAUUGUUCCAAUUAAGGCCCCAAGAACCUUUAAGUCUCAAAGAAUUGAUGUCAUUACUUCAUCCAACCCAAGAGAUUGACCAUAAGUUAUUGAAUCUCCACCUUGUUGGAAUAUUAACUGGUGUUGAAUCUCAAUUGUUUAAAACUGUGGAUGGUUUUAUUUAUCCAAAGGCUGGAAUUAGUUUAAUCAAUGAGACUGAAGAAUGUUCCAAAUCUGUUCUAUCCAAUUAUUCACAAUUAGGAAGCCGAGUUUCAUUUCUUCUUGAUUCAAUUAAUAAAUGUCUUCUUAAUGAAGAAGACAAAACCCUUUCCCGGAUUACAUAUUCUUUAACAUUAAGAGAUAUUUUCAAUCAAUGUGUUGCCAAAUUACUUUGUGAUGCUCAUAAAUUGGAUAUGAGACUUAACUAUUUCUCCGAUUAUCUUACCGAUGAGAGAAGUGAUUUCCUAAUGGUCAAGAUAAAUACUCUCUAUGAGAUUAAUUUAGCUCUAAAUGGUGGCCAUGAUUGUUCUGGUAAAAUUUUAAACAUUCUCAUGGAUUUUGUUUACCUUGAUCGUAUCCACGAGUUUAACAUUGUCUCUCAACUUUUAAUCUCAACACUCAGGCCAACCCUUGAUUAUAUUGAAUCACUUUUAACCAAUGGAAUCAUUAAGGAUUGUAGAAGUGAAUUUUUCUUCCAAACAAAUUGUAAUUGUGAUCCUGAUCAUUUCUGGUCAGAAGUGUUACAAUUUGACUCAACUAAUCCAGUUCCAACCAUUUUCAAUUCAUCUUGGGAUUACCUUUGCAUGGGAAUCAAAUCAAGACUUUUAAUUUCAAUUUUUGAACAACGAAAUCACACAAUCAAAAUUGAUUAUCCAAAGGGCUGUUUAUUUGAUCAUUUUCUUGAUCAUUUGAAGAAAAUUUAUCCACAUCCAAUAUCAAUGAAAGACAAGAAGAUUCAAGAAGACUCAACAUUGGAGGAGAAAAAGUCUAAAUGUAAAUUGUUACCAUUUAAAUAUGACAUUUUAACCAUUGGUGAUAAAUUGGAAAAUGAUAUUAUCAAAAUGGACCUUAAUUUAGAUCAUGAGAAAACAAUUAGUGAACAAUAUCUUCCCGUUGAUUAUACUCGACUUGGUAUUCCCUUUGAACUUGCCUUACAAAAAAGUCUCACAACAACAUUGGAAAAAUUCAUCGAUCCAAUUAGCCGAUGGGCAAUUAACCAUUCAAAAGAUUCUUAUCAUAUUUAUUUGACCACUUUUAAUGAUUACUUUUUACUUCAACGUUCCAAUCCGGAAAUGAGACAUUACUUUGAGGCCGUUUUUUCCGACAUAACCGAAGGUUCAACCAAACCCGAUCAUUAUGUUAACUGGCAACAUUAUACGUUUACCGAACAUGAUGUGACCGCUUUUCUAUCUCAACAGAAACUGACCACCGGAAAGAGAGUUAAAAAACUUACAAUUCUUGAAAAUAUUCAUCUUAUUUAUGAAGAAAUGGAUUGGACUUCAAGAGCAAUUAUCGACAAUAGUUCAAAGUUAAUCUAUGACAAGGCUUUCCAAUUUUUACUCCUUCUAACUUACUGUCGUUGGAUUUUGGACAAUCUUCGACUUCCCCGAGGCAUAAUUCACAGAGAAUCUGGUUACAUUCAUAAAUUGUAUUUACUUCGUCAUCGAUUGUUACUAAUUGCUAACAGUUUAUACAAUUUCAUCAUGAACAAUGUUCAUCAACAGGUUAUCCAAUUGUACCAGAAUCUUGAGACUGCCUGUAAUUAUCAAGAUUUAAGAAAUUCUUUCGUUAAAUUUAUCAAAAGAAUUGAAUUUAUCACCAUGCAACGAGAUGAUAACAAUUCAAAAAUUGUUAGAACAAUGAUUCGUAAAUUUGUACAAUUAGUUGAUUCGAUUGGGAUGAUUUGGUCAACCAGAGAAAAUGAAUCAUUUAAAUUACCUGAUAAAAGUGAAAUUGAUAAUUUUGAUAAAGGAUUUAAAAUCUAUCUCUAUAAUAUAUCCUUUACAAAUGAUCAUAAUGUGAUAAAAACAUACAAUUCAAAUGACAAUUAAAACGACAAUUAAUGCAAUCAAA